AUGGUCGUCAUCAAAGCUCUGGCAGCUCUGGCAUCCCUGGGGUUGACCAUAGCAGCACCGCAAGCUUCAGUGUCACCGUCGGCUGUGAACUCUCCCAGUCCAUCCGCAUCAAGUUCAGCGACUCUUACUACUGAGGAGACGGAAGAUCUGUACAGUCUUCAUGAAGAGCUAGUCAACAUCCCCUCUAUCUCUGGGGAUGAAGUCGAAUGCGCGGAGUUUAUAUCAAAAUAUCUCUCAGAUCUGGGGUACUACGUCGAAGAAAUCCCUGCUGGAGACACUGGCACUUUCAACGUCUUCGCUUAUCCCCAAGAGCUCAAAGAUGAGGGAGUUUGGCCGGAGGUUCUGAUCACUAGUCAUAUCGACACUGUGCCUCCAUUCUACCCAUUCGAGCGCAAGGAAGAGAAUGGCACAGUCUACCACUUCGGUCGUGGCUCGGUCGACGCAAAGGGCCCCGUGGCAACCAUGAUCAUCGCCUCCCACAAGCUCUUCCAAUCCAGAACCAAUACGCCUAGUCUAGGCAUGCUAUUCGUUGUCGCAGAAGAGACUGGUGGCGCCGGAAUGAGAGCCUUUGCCGAGUACGCAUCCAACACCACCUUCCGCGCAGGUAUCUUCGGCGAACCAACGGAAGGCAAGCUAGCUAGCGGACACAAAGGAUAUCUGGGUGUGAGCUUGGAUAUCACAGGCCGUUCGUCUCACUCCGCAUAUCCCUGGCUCGGUGUGAGCGCCAUCAAUUAUCUCGCCGAAGCCAUUGUUGGACUGAACAUGCUUGAACCGGCUCUACCGAGAAGUGAGCUACUAGGCGCAACAACUCUCAACGCUGGACUUGUUGCAGGUGGAGUCGCUAGCAAUGUCGUUCCCGACCAUGCUAACGCAAGCAUCGCCGUUAGAAUAGCUCGCAGCGAAGACGACGCAGUCGAUCUUGUGCAAGACAUGAUCGCUGGAAUGCUCUCGCCGUUCGAGACGCGCGCAAAGGGGGAAAACGCUAGUUUCGAGGUCGUCUUCUCGAAUGCUAGGUAUCCAGCUGUCAUCCUCGACACUGAUGUUGAGGGCCUGGAAGUCGCGCCUGUGUUCUUUGGAACGGAUAUUCCCAGCUUGCCGCAAGUGGAUAAGAAGUAUCUGUUUGGUACAGGCACAAUUGAGGUUGCGCAUACGCCUGAUGAGAUGUUGAGUCAAGAUGAACUUGUGCAGGCGGCGGAGGCGUACGGCAUGAUCCUCGACAGUCUGUUUUCUGAGUAG